AUGCAGGACAUUAUUGACCAUUUACCCAAAUUGCCUGAAAACCAACAACAAAAGCUCACUAUUCAUGAAUUCGAUGAAAUAGAAGUGAAACCAACUGACUCAGUAGAAAUAAAGAAGUUCAUACGAAAGGUAAAUUAUGAGUUUCUAGGAUAUCAUUGCAACCAUAAAGUUAUGGACAAAGAUUGCGACAUGGUUUAUAAAAAUAUUUCUGACCUUUACAAAUCCGAAGAAUUUAAGACAUACGAUAACUUUGUUACAUUAGUUGCAAAAUGUGUAUGGCAGAUAAGAGAUGAAGAUAGAAGAGGCAACGUAUGGAAUGAACAGAUAAGACCCGCUAUGUUUGAGAUGAAGAGAGCAAUUGACGCUUUAGUUGUUUUAGCUGGUAAUGUUUCAAUGUAUAACGCAAAAAUGAAUCCGCAAUGUUCUAAAUGUAAAGCAGCAAUGAGGAAAUAUAACUACUCAGUCAAAGAGAUAGAAAGAAUGCGAAACGACUAUGCAGACUUAAAGAAAGAAGCAGAAAAGCCAGCAGAAGAUAAAAUGGAUAUGUUGACAUUUCUUAAUAAAAACUAUCCAACAGCAGAAGAUUUCCUUCUGUCUGACGUCAAGAAGAAAUAUAAAGAGACUUUCGGCAUGAUUAAAACAUUCGAUGUACUAAAAGAAGAAAUAGAAGCUACGAAAUUGUUUAGGAUUUCAAAUAUACAUCGUACAAUUCAUGUAAAACGCUUGUGA